AAGCCCGCCGCAAGACGCAUCCACUUGACGCUCAGCUUUUCCGAGCCGCAGACGUAGCCGCAGACGCACGGAUCCGAGCAAAAGGUACUGUUCUUGGCUUUAAAGUCAAAUCCGCCGUAACAUCACCUCCCCUUUCUCGCAUACCUCAUUCCCCGCCCUCAACCAAGCGCCAGGAUGACGACAUACUUCUACCACCAUCCGGAUGGCUUUGAGUACAGCCAUGUGCUCCCCAAUGUUGCCCCAGUCUACCUUGCAACCGCGCUGGUUCCUGGUUCCGCCCUGGAAUCUUACUGGCAGAGUAUGGGUACACAGGCGACAGCAUCCAGCAUUACGCCAGACGAUAGCCAGGAUGAGUAUGGUGCUACUGGAGGCGACAAGUGGCACGAGACGGACGAAAGCUACUAUUCGAACAACUCCGACAAUACUCUGCGUGCAAGCUAUUUCGGCGAUCCCUUCGCUGGCAGCGGGCAACACGGCAUGACAGGCCCCAAUCCGCCAAUCUUUGCUCAGUCUGACGGGGAAUACUUCAAGUACCCUUUUCCUGAGCUGAUUCGCCCCUACCACACCCUGCACUCGCUGCUGCCUUACCUCCAACCUGCACGAUUGGAGAAUUCUGUAUUUGGGCCGAAGCUCGACAUCGUGGAGGAAGACACGGACUAUAAGUUCGCUGUCGCCGUUCCGAAGAAGAUGCUGGUCCUGUUCUGCGGUCGCAAUAUUGUCAAUCGCUUUCUGCGAACGUUGGAGCGAGAAGACAACGUAAAUUGGCAAGGUCUUCCCGUGGCCCAAGAGCUUCGCUUUCCUCGCCACUAUACCAAUCACGUCGGCGUAAAGAUUAUGAUUUCCUGGAUGCACCGAGCAUGUAUCACGCCGAAGAAAGAUAUGCGCCCAAUCCGUGUCCCAAAGAACACGUUCGCUGCCUUAUCCUUGUCGCGAGCUCUUACGGCGUUCGGUCUGCAUCGUGACGCUAGCCGCGUGGAUCAUACCAUCGCUACCAAGCAUUUCAAGCGUUGGUUGGGCUUCGACAACAUAGUCUCCAUCUGGAACUGCCUACCCAAGGACAGCAAGUAUGUCUACCGUAUGGUUGAGGAUCUACGCAACCAGCUCGACCAGUACGCGAGCGGAGAUACGAAGGCGCUUCCGGACGCAGAUAAGGUGCUUGAAUUCUUGGAGCAGCAUCCCGAGCUCUUGCAUCGCAUCCACGACAAAGAGUACAACGACCGCCAAGAGCUCCGGCCAUUCUUUGGAACGGAGUGGUGCGAGAGGGCUGCACUUCGGACGCAACAGAUGAUAGCAGGCUUGAUGGACACGAGGGGUGACGAGACGUCCAUGCCCGUAGAGUGGGGCGGCGGUUUCAAUGCGACUAACUUGCGGCCCAAUUUGCGAGGUGGCAAUAAUUAGUCCGGAGUUCAACACCACGAGCAGAAGCGAGGUCCCGUCCAGAUUCGGAAACGUGGCGUGGCGUUGACCGACCUGGAGCCAAAGAUAGCCGCAAAAGAUUGGCCCAAGUUCGAGAAAUCUGUCGUACUCAACAUCGUCGAAGCACACGAGAAAGACUGUGGCCACUCGACAGGUAGAACGGACUCUGCACAUGGCGGCGAUGACACGUCUCUGGAAUGUUGAAUAACCUGGAGUCUAGAGGAAGAUGCUUGAUCAAAGGCUCAAGGAACCCAGUUCCAGUAUAACUUGGGUGCAACGGACAAGAGAGGUG